UAUUAGAUUAGAGAUAUAGAGGUUCUUUUUUUUAUAGUGACUGCAACAUGCUUGAUAAAAUGCGUGACAGAAUGCAAUGAUCUUUUUAUAGCCUUUGGGAUCAUAGAGCUUUUUACUAUCCCUUUUAACAUAGCAGGUAGUAAUGGCUUCUAGAUUUCGGGGGCUGCUUUACAGUGGAAACUAUUUCAGAACCAACAAAUGUGUAGGUUUUUACCUGAACUCAAUGCUUUAUCACUCUUCACAACAUGUUUUUGACUUGCAAUGGUAUCAGAAUGAGUUUCCAAGGAUAACAAAGUUGGCUGAUUUGCUAGCAAAUGUGGAUGCAAUUGAUGGAAGACUUGUUGAUAUAAAUAGUAAUUCAGCCAUUUUUGAUGAUGGAAUUGAGCAUGAAAUGUGUACCUUCAAGUCUCUUGUUCGGGUGUUUAUUGGGUCUCCAUCUGUUCAGCACAAAAUGAAACAUGUUCUGGCCUCCUCCAACACUGAUACACAACACGAUUCAUUUACUCCUUUCUGUAAAGCAAGUGAAAGAGAACCUUUGGUAAUUGAUUCACUGACCAAAGUGAGCAACUUUCUCAGUGUUUCUGCUCAACAAAGGAAGUUAGUUCGUUUUAGAGUGUGCCCACAGGUUACCCAGCACCGUAUAUGGACUGGUGCACUUGAAGAAAUUCUGAAUAGUUUCAAAGUCGAUUUGGAUUCUUUGGGUUCUCAGGGCUUAAACGAAGGUACUAUGUUGUUGGGUCAGCAAAUUGUUCAUAGCUGCCUUAAGUUUCUGACUGAAACUGCCCUUUUUUCUGACCCUGACUCUUCUUCAUGGAUGAAGCUUUUGCCUUCCAAAACUGUUAAUUUUUCUGAUUCCCAGAAAUGGGAAGAUGUUCUAGGGAUGUUCAAUGAUCUAAUCAAAUGUUGUAGAAGUGAAACGAGAUUAAAGUUGCAUGUGGAUAAGGCUGAGGUCAUGAAGGAGGGGCUAUUGCAUAUCAAGGAUAUUUUUACUGACAACAAAGUUGGAUACAAGGAAGUUCGACAUCAAGAAAACCUAGUGCAGAAGAAGCUUUCCAAAACAUUGGGUCACUCAUCUCGUUGCUUAUUCACUCUAUUAAUGUAUUACCUCUACGGAAGAGUUACAGAUAUUGAAUUAGAUAUGCGUGGUGGGGUUUAUGGAAAUGGAAGUGACAACAGGUUUAGCUUGUUAAUGGGAAGAAUUUUGACUUCAGAUAGUGAGAAGAUGGUUGGGCGUGGUGUGAAGCAGUUGGACAGGGCGCUUGGGCUUUUCAAGUUAGUAUGGGAAAUGGCUGAAAUGAAAGGACAUUUGGACCUGCAAGGCCAUAUGUGGUGUGUUGGAGCACACAAUAGGAUGCUUAGGUACAGAGGAAACACUUACUUCGUGCAUGGCAUUUGCCUUUGAUCAAAGAUAUCACAACAUCAUUUAAUCAUCAGUGCCCUAACCAUGGAGGGAUUAGGAUGGGUGAUCUCCUCCCCUCAAUUGCAUUAAAUCUUUGUCUUAGACUACAUUAAGACUUACAAGAAAGGUAGUGUAGCAAAAA